AGUUCCCCCAGGACUACGACGAUUAAUAUGCGUUUCACAUUCGGUCUUGUAGCUGCCAUCGUCGGUUUUGCUGUUGGCGCUGCUGCGGCUCCCUUGACGCCGCUCUUAGUACCCAAACUUUGUGGAGAUCCAAGAUUGGCCGUUUCCCUGCUCAGGGCAUACAACCCGAUUGGACUCGACCAUUUUUACACAACCGACGUUGAGGAGUUCCAGAACGCCAUCACUAAGCUCGGUUACAUCGACGAAGGGACGACUGGAUACCUCUUCCCCUCUCAGGAGCCGCACACUAUCGCUUUCUACAGGAUGUUCAAUUCUGCCGUUGUUGAUCGCUUUUAUACGACCAGCAUCCCGGAGGUGGAUUAUGCUCUGGAAAGCCUUGGGUAUACGUAUGAGGGAAUUGCUGGAUACUUGUAUCCUGACACAGCUUGCGGUGCCCUUCCUCUUUAUCGCCUCGACAGCGCCAGUGCCAAAGAGCACUUUUAUACCAUGUCCAAUGACGAGGGAAAUACCGCCAGUGUUGUGAACGGAUAUCACUUCGAAGGAAUCGCUGGCUACCUCUUCCCUUUCUAGGGAGUUGUUGGGUAGUUGGUCCUUGGUUCAACGGAAGCAGUAAUGGUUGUAAUUACGUCCUGUAUGGUGAAUUAUAAAUGUGAAGCUCUUCCUACGAAAUU